AUGGAAGGUCCUCCGAUCGUAUUGGAAGAUGGGCUAGAUUUACAGAAACUAAUUACUUCAAGUUCUAUAUUAAAUAUAAAUGUCGAUUACGAUGACUUUGAUAAUUUUCUAGAAGACGAUGAUCCCAACAAAUUUGAUCCGAUUGGUGAGCCUGUUGAAACGUUUGAAAGCCUAGAAAGACAUCUAGUACCUAUUGAUGGUAAUGGCUAUGUUAAAAAGAAAAUAUUAGAGGAGGGUGGUGGUAUGCCGUUACAUGAAGGAUGCACAGUUUACAUUGCCUAUUCUGGAUACUGGGAAAAAAGUUUAGAACCUUUUGAUAUUUGGAAGCCCAAUAAACCCCUAGUAGUUGAUUUAAAAGAAAAUGGCUUGUUACCUGGAAUAUUAUUGGCAGUAAAAUCUAUGUUAGUGGGAGAAAAAUCUAUUUUCCUAUUAUCACACCAAGUGGCAUAUGGAGAUUUAGGUAUACCACCAAGAAUUCAACCAAGAGCUAAAUGUGUGUUCUUUAUUAAGCUUAUGAAAAGUAUCCUGACCCCCAAAGAAGGGCCACUACAUUUCUCUGAACCAAAUACUUUCAAAAGAGUUCUUCAUGAAGUUAAGAUGAUCCAUGUAUCAGGUAUUACUUUGUAUAAAUCAAAAAAUCUGCCUGCUGCAAUCCAGUUAUUCAAAAAAGGAGUAAACAUGCUUCAUAAAUGUCGUUUAGCUGAUGAAGAUGAAGAAACUCAGCAACGGAAAUUAUUAGUAAAAUUGUAUACUAAUUUAGCUAUAUGUUAUAACAUUACAAAACAACCACUUAAGGCUUGUACAUCAUGCAAUGAGUUACAUAGGUUGGAAAGUUUAUGGAAUAAUAGCAAAGUUUUAUUUCAAAAUGCUAAAGCAUUGAGAAUGAUAGGACAAUUUGAGGAAGCUCGGAAAAAACUCAAGAGAGCUCUGAAUUUAAGUCCAAGUAAUAAUGGAAUCAGAGCUGAAAUUGAAUUAUUAGAAAAAACCAGCAAAGCAUGUCAUAUUGAUGUUUGUUUAAAUAGCGGCAGGAAUUUAAUAGACAACAAUUUCAAAAGAGAAGUAGAUAACUUAGUUUCAAACUUUAAACAAAAUCUAAAUGUGUGUAAAUUAACUUUGCCACCAGGCAUGAAUUCUAGUGAAAUAGAGUAUGUUAAAGAAGCUUGUUUAAGAGAGAAUUUAUUUUUCAAUCAAGUUCAAGAAACCUGUACACUGGAUAAAGAAGAAUCAAAGGAAGUUGAAGAUUUCAUAAACAUUUAA